AUGCUUCCGCCGGGUCUGCGGCUGCUCCUGAGCAUCGCUCUAGCCGCGGGCCGCUCCGCCGAGCAGAACAGGAGCUGUUUCUGGAGUGCUGGUGCCAGGUUCGAGCGCUUCUGGUCCCUCGCUGACUAUGUGAACCUGGUGCAGCAGGAGUCGCUGGGAGCGCCGCUGCGCGUGGACAAGGAACUGGGCAUGCGACACGUCUACUUCGUGGCGGUCGCCUCCAUGGAGAGGGCCGAGUACGCGAUUCGCAUGGAGAGAACCUGGAUGCAUGCUGCAGCCAACCGGAUCUAUUUGGUGGAUGCCCUCAUACCAGGCAUUCCCAUGAGCUGCCAGGUGGUGAUGAACGAUGGCACGCCGGGUCCGCGUCGACAUCGCGACGGUGUUGCUGUAUCCCGUCUCAUGAUCUGGAUGAACCAAGUCCGUACCCUGCAGCAGCCCGGUGGCCUCCCUCCGGAUACACGCUGGAUCGUGGUCCUCGAAGACGACGUGUAUGUAAACCUUGCACGGCUCUAUUACUUCUUGGCCGGCCACGCGUCCAAAGACCAGCACCCCGUGAUGUUCACGCACGUUCUCUCCGACACCGAGGUCUACGACUUCGACCGGCCCUGCCUCAGCGCGGGCGCGGCGAUCCUGAGCCGCGCGGCCUUCGAGCUGCUGGCGCCGCACGCCUCCUGCAAGACUUGCCCCUAUACCGGGUCCAACGAGAUCUCCCUGGCCUAUUGUGCUCUCUACACGGCUGUGCCAAUGGUUCACGUUCCAGCGAUGCAUUGCCACACCAGCAACAUGGCCGACCAAGAUCGGCAUCUCACAGCUGAUCUCCUCGCCCAUCACUGGAUUUCAGCAGGAGGCCUGGCCCAGUCGACGCUUGGUCGCCAGGAGGCCGUGGAAUCCCAUCCCUUCGAGGAGGACUUCCCCAACCUCGCAUGCAGCGCACCUUCCACGCCCACUUGGACCUCGCAGCAGCUUGCUGAAAGGAUCCGGUUCUGCGAGCCCGGCCCAGCUCCAAAGGUCUUCACGUCUUCCGUGGCGGAGAGCCACCUCGGCCCAGAGACCAUCGACGAUUACUUCGAGGACCGGUGGCCGCACCGCUACGAGGACUUCAGCGAUGUGAGCUUCGAGGACUUCGCAGUGCGGAAGGCUCCGGCUCGUUUGGGCCAGCACUGGGCGCUGCUGCGGCCGGCGGGUGCCUGGCUCCACCGGCCUGCCCUGGGAGCCUUCCUCCAGGAGCUGCAGCGUUCUGGGCUAGAAGUGGGCAGUGUAGCCUUCGCCUUCCGCAAUGAGGGCGCCCUGGAUCUGCGGCCGGGCUUGGUGCUCAGUCCGGAGGCGCUGCACGCGCUAUACAGCAACCCAGGCGGCGUGGAGCAGCUGACGAUGGAAGGCCUUCAGGAGCGCUCCAUAAGGAUUGUGCAUUCUCCGCUGUUGGUGCCGGAGCUGGUGGCCCUGCCAAGGAGCCUGACCGGGUACCUCUCGGAGGGGGCCCUUAGCGGGGUCUGGGCAAUCGGCGGGGUGAACGACGAGUCCAUGCGUGAGGACCUUGAGACCAAAGCAGCGGACCGUCGCUUCUUUGCCGGGCUGUUGCAGGAGAACUUCGAAGAUCUGCCCGCCGACGCCUGCAGCGACGAGGCGCUUCAGGAGGCGAGGCGCUGGCAACGCUUUCUGCACAACGACGAUGAGCACAUCAAGGUGGUCCGCGGAUUUCAGUCCGGCCGGCGGGAGUUCCGCACGCUGCAUGCGAUGUAUCGGUCCUCAAAUGAGGCAAAUCCAUUGAGCCUGCGUUUGCCAGCCAGCGAUCUAGGUGUGGGCAACGCCAGCUCACGCAGCACCAAGAGCAUGCACGCGAUCAGCGAGGAGGUGCCUACGAUCAGUCCGACCACCGCCUCGCCACAGGAUGGCGACUGUCUUGAGUCGCCUGGUAGCCAGGACGUGAGCAAGUCGACCAAGGACUUUGGUGACGAGGGUGUGCUAGCAGCGCACAUGAGGAUUCCUCUGAGUGCCCGGAGCACAGGCACUCGAGGGGGCCUGGAGGAGGACGAGGGAAUACCGGCGACCUUGAAGUUCAACAGCAUGAUGACAGAUCUCAGCUACGACGAGACUGUGCAGCCCAUGCACUCCAUGCCGAACCUGACAUAUUGGCAGGGCCGGCGCAACAGUGGCAUCAAGCUCGGCCGAGGCGACGAGGAGGAUCUGGAGGAUGCCAUGAUGAUGACCCACUACCCCAGCAUCCUCACCGAUGGCGGAGACGAGGGCUGGUUCUCGACCCCGCAGCGGCCGGCCGCCACGGGGGGAAUGCAGCACCUCCAGGUGACCGGGGCCCGUGGGGGUCGGCGGAACAGCAACGGAAGGUUGGCCAAAGGUCCUGCUGACUCUGACGAGGAUGAGGAGCUUAUGUUCGCGAAGCACGCCAGCAUCGUCACCGACAACGGGGAUGAGGAUCCAGUUAGAUUGUCGGAAGCCUCUCCGACGUCUGCAACAUCUCCUGCAUCCAGGACGCCGAUGACCAUCAACAUCCAGGCCGGGCCCGGGUUCCCAGCGCAGCCGUGGCAAGGGCCCGGCCCGGCAAACCCGACUCCGGGCCCUGGUCCUGGCGGCCCUCAGGGAGGCCUGCUGAGCCAGCCCCAGUUCGGGCCUGCAUCCUCCCGGCCGAUGCAUUUGCCCGCAACCGGCGGCGGCGGCGGUGGCUUCCCAUCGCAAGGCACCUUGUUGAACCUCGUGACGCAGGCGGCGGAGGCCGCCGCCCGCCGCGACGCGUCAGCGCGGUCCGCACCGCUCUUCGGACGCGAGGAGCAGCAGAUGCCCGGCAUGCAGCACGCGCUGGAUCCAGCACAGCGAGCUGCCUGGCAGGGAGCGUCACCCUACAUGUUUGUGCCGCCGAACUUCCCCUCAACGUCUGGGUUCGAGAGACCUGGCCCCGGCUUCCUCUCCUCACCCUGCGGGGUUGGGGGUAACCCUCUUGCCGGCCUGCCCAAUACCGCAGCAGCUGCCGCAGCUGCCGGCGCGGGGGUGCAGGAACUGGAAUCCCUCCUGGCCGAGGAAAGCAUGGGCUUCAAGGGUUCUUGGUCAGCCGCUACGGUGCAGAGGAUUGCAGGGGAGAUCGGAGCGCUGGAUAUAUUGAGAGGGCUACAGUAUGCUAUUCAGAUUUGUCGGGCAUGA